AUGGCCAAGUCCAAGAACCACACCAACCACAACCAAAACAAGAAGGCUCACCGUAACGGUAUCAAGAAGCCUGUCAUCCACAAGUACCGUGCUCAAAAGAGCUUGGAUGCCAAGUUCCUCCGUAACCAGCGCUUCGCUAAGAAGGGUACCCAGAAGGCCCUCGCUGCUGCCAAGAAGAACUAA